AUGGCUACUACCCUAGUUGACCAAUCUGCCCUUGGGUCACAAUUUGAUGAGAAGAAUGUGCACAAUAAUGUCACUAAGGAUACAAACGAGGUUACGUUGAACGGCGUGUCACAUAAUGGAUUUACAGCACCAGAAAUUAAUUCAUUUGGCCACUCUUUUAGGGCUUAUGAUGCUGAAAGUGAAAGACAAAAAGGUGUAGAAGAAUUCUAUAGAUUGCAGCACAUAAACCAAACAUAUGACUUUGUGAAGAAAAUGAGAGAGAACUAUGAAAAAUUGAAUAGAGCAGAAAUGAGCAUAUGGGAAUGUUGUGAGCUGCUAAAUCAAGUAGUGGACGAUAGUGAUCCUGAUUUGGAUGAACCUCAAAUUCAACAUUUGUUGCAAUCUGCUGAAGCCAUUAGAAAAGACUAUCCCAAUGAAGAUUGGUUGCAUUUGACCGCACUCAUCCAUGAUCUUGGAAAGAUUCUUCUCCUUCCUCAAUUUGGAGAGCUUCCUCAAUGGGCGGUUGUUGGAGAUACAUUUCCUGUUGGUUGUGCUUUUGACGAAGCAAACAUUCACCACAAGUAUUUUAAGGAGAACCCGGAUAUAAAAAACCCCGCUUAUAGCACUAAGGAUGGAAUCUACACCAAUGGAUGUGGACUUGAAAAUGUAAUGAUGUCAUGGGGACAUGAUGACUAUAUGUAUUUGGUGACUUUACAUAAGGAAGGUGCAUACUCUCAUCUCAUGAAUGAUGAAGAUCGUGAGAACCUAAAAUGGCUCCACAUUUUCAACAAAUAUGAUCUGUAUAGCAAGAGCAAAGUGUUAGUUGAUGUUGAAAAAGUUAAGCCAUACUAUCAAUCCCUCAUUGAGAAGUAUUUUCCGGCAAAGCUUAAAUGGUGAAUGGUGUAUGGUGAAGCCUCGCAAUAUAUAUAGCAUGGAAUGCAGAGAAUUGAUCAGUUGUUUCUUCCUGGCAAGCAUGUUACAUAAUUUAUUUUUAGUUGAUCAAUCCGUUGCAUUUCUUGUCUUUUUAAGUUGCAUUUGCAAGGAUGUAAAUUGACUAAAUUCAU